AUGUUGAACUCGUUCCGUGAGCUCAGAGCAAAGCUCAAAGGGGCAGAGGGAUGGUCUCGCCUCCGAUCGUUGAAUCAAACGGGCUAUUCAUCACCAAGCUCAAUAGAGACGAAGACUUUCGAGGAAAGCAAUGACUCGGAACUUCAGCCCCUUGAUCAUCAGACGGAUGGCGAAUACAGAGCCCCUGGAAAGCUCCGCCUCAUGCUGUGCAUCACAACCAAUGUUGUUUCAACUGUUUCAAUAGUAUUCACAAACAAGUACAUUUUCUCAAACGAAACACUUCGCAAUUGCCAAAUGGCAUUUGCGUCGUACCACUUUUUCAUUACCGGUCUCACAUUGUGGGUAAUAUCACGGCCUUGCUUCGGUGGUUUUGUCCCCAAGUCAAUUUCUCUUCAUCGAAAUAUUCACUUGAUGGUCCUUAUGUGCGCUCAAGUCAUCCUUCAGAAUCUCUCCCUAGCAAAUUCGUCGGUCAUAUUUCACCAGCUCGUGCGAUUACUACUCACGCCGGCAACUGCCUUACUGGGAUUCUUACUCUAUCGCUCUAUCAUUCCGAAGGCGUCCCUUCUUCCAAUGAUGAUUUUGAUUAUAGGUGUGGGAACCAUAUUCUGGUUCGAUUCACGUUCCGCGACUAAUACAGCCGUCGCAACGUCGCCAAAGGGGAUUGCUUGUGCAUUUGCCGGUGUGCUUGCUAGUUCCCUUUACACAGCACUAGUUGGAAGCUACCAGAAAAGGUUGCAAAUAAGCAGCAUGCAGCUCCUACUCAACCAAGCACCAGUGAGCGCCACCAUGCUUCUGUGUAUGGUUCCCUUUCUAGAUGCACCGCCUGCCACUACUACGCUUUCACCAUCAUUAUACGUCGCGAUUCUCGCGAGUGGAUUCUUUGCUUGUCUCGUUAAUGUGUCCCAAUUUGCCGUCAUUGACGCCGUGGGUCCUGUUAGCAGCACAGUCAUUGGACAUUUGAAAACAUGCACGAUUGUAGGCCUGGGUUGGUACUUGAGUGGUGAGUCUAUCUCAAGACAAAGUGUUGCCGGGCUUCUCUUGACUUUGCUUGGAAUGGGCUUAUACAUGGCCGCUGUUCUUAAAAGCCGCAGAUGA